GAAGCACUAUUAAAGAAAGCAAAUAAAACGAAUAAUGAUAAGCAAAAAGAGAUAAGAAGAGUAGAAAGUCAGAAUACAAACAAAGAAGAAAGAGAAAAGCAAGCAAAGAUAGAACUAGAAAAAAUUGAGAGAAAAAGAGGUGAAAUAAGAGAAGAACAAGUAAAGAUCCAAAUAAAUCAGAUUAAAAACAAAGGAAAAGAAAAGAUGGUAUAUGAAGAAGACAAAAUAGAAGAAAAAGCACAAGCAAAAAAUAUCACUAUAGAAGCAGAAAAGAAAGAAAAUGAUACAAGAUAUCAAAGAAAUAAAGAGAAUAGAGAGGGAAGUAUUCUAAAGGAAAAGAGAAAACAAUACUAUGAUGAAGAAAGUAGAGGCCUAGAAG